AUGUAUGACAUGUUGUCGGAAUUCAGAGUAUCAGAAUUCGAUUCAUUUGUGGAUAUAUUAAGAUUGACUCCAAUUGACCCUUUAGACACUUUUGGUGAAAUGUGGUAUCCUGUGUUUCUUUGGUCCUUGUGCUCCUCUGUUUUUGUCCACACGUGUGCUGCGUUAGUUGCGUUCGGAACAUUAAGAAAACAUAAAUAUGGAAAAUUCUUCCCUGUGCUUCUAAUAGUGAUGGGAGUAAUGAGCCCGGUUACCUCAGGGGUUGCAAGUAGUGCAGCUAUUGCCUUUAUCUACAGGGCAGCUAAUUUAACUAUGCCACCAAUACAUGCAAUGAUUUGGGGAAUCGGACAGACAAUUUUAGGGGCAGGAAUUGGUUUCACUAGAAUAUUAGCUACAUUGUAG